AUGGAGGUCACACUCGCCUGGCCGACCGCCCCCGGCGGCGCCGCGACACGUCUCACCGAGGACGACUUCGACUGGAAAGCGGCCGACCGGGCAACAUUAACAAAACCGCUCGCGCUGGUCGCCACCGACGCCGACUGCACGCUGGCCAUCGCGGGCGCCCACGUCGUCAGCACCGCCCUCGUCUCGAACGCGCGCAGCGUCGAGGUGUCGGGGGGCUCAACACCUGCAACGACGACGUACAAGGGCACGGUCCGCGGCGACCAGCAGAAGCAGCCGCACCGCUUCCGGGCAGAGCUGAAGGCGCUCGACGCGCCAUUUGUAACGCUUAAGCUCCUAUCGAGGAAAGGUGACGCGCGGACGCUCUCCAUCGAUUCUCUAGAGAUCGUCGUCGACGCCGCCAGGACGCCGGAGGCAGCGCCGCCGCCUCCUCCGGCGCGCGCCGCGGCCACCGCCGCGUCGGCGUCGUCAUCGUCCCACCAGAAGACGCUCCUCGCCGGCGCGGCGCUGCUCGACGCCGCCGAGCGGCGCCUGACGGCCCACGUCGACGCGGCCUGCGCGCGCGUGCAGCGCCACCUCGGCGCCAAGCUCGACGCGCAGGGCGCGGCGCUGGCGCGGCUCGAGGCCGCCGUGGCGCGGCUCGGGACGAGGCCUGCCGCCGCCCGGUCUGAGGCCGCCGUUGCGGCCCCGCGGGCAGCCGUCAUCCCGCGCGCCGGGGAGGACGAUGCCGUCGGCGCGGCGCUGAAGAAGACGACGGUGCGCUGCGGCGACCACGCGAUGAUGCUGUUUCUCCGCGCGGCGGACGCUACAUUAGCGCCGCCGGCGAACGGCGCGGACGCCGACGGCACAGGUCUAGAAUUAUGGGGCGGCGGGCGCUACCUGGCCAACUUCCUGACGAUCCGGCCCGGCGUCGUCAGGGGAUGCAGGGUCCUGGAGCUCGGUGCUGGCGCAGGGCUCCCGGGCCUCGUCGCGGCGCGCUGCGGCGCCGCCGAGGUGCUACUCACCGACGGCGACGCGCGCGCCGUCCGGCUGCUCGAGAAAAAUAUUGCCGCGAACCCGUCGUCGGAGUGUCCCGUCGAGGCGGCGGCCCUGGCGUACGGCGCGGCUCCUCCGCCGCCGUCGGAAUCCAACCUGCCGACGGUCGUGCUCGCCGCCGACGCGCUGUAUGUGAGCAAGCACUGCGCGCCCUUCGGGGACACGCUGAACGCGGCACUUCAAACACCGAAGGACGUGUGCUACCUCGCGCACGAGCCGCGGCGCGCCUGGUCCAUGAAGGACGGCUCCCCCGUCCAGGACGCGACGGACGAUGUAUUAGAUGCGUUCCUCGACCUCUGCUGCGACCUGGACGUGUCCGAAGUCGGAAAAACGGGCAAUGUGCAGCUCUACCGCAUCGCGCGACCAUGUAUGUGA